GAGAGAGAGUUGAAAGGGUUAGCCGGAGUCAAACAGAAUCAAAACGCUGUCGCAUCAGUGUUACACUGACUCUCCUUUGCGCUCCUUCUGCAACUUCAAACUCAAUCUUGCAAUGCCCAACAUACAACAAGAACCCACCACCAUCAACUCUGAUUCAACAAAACCCCAUUUUUAGAAAUUGAAAAAGACUCUGUCUUUGUUAUUUUCUUCUUCAUCUCUCUUGUGGCAGAGCCUAACUGCUACUUUGGCUGUUUCAUAUUCUAUUCAACUUGUCAUUUUCUCUUUCUUAUUUUUCUUUCCGCCCUCUUUCUUUUUUUUUUCUUUUUAAUAUUUUUCAAUUAAAAAAUCGUUCUUUUGUUGGUGGGUUUCGUCAACCGAAGAAUCUGAAGCGUUGCGAGAGAGAGAGAGUUAUAGAAAAAUAUAGAACAGGUAGAUAGAGAAAUAGGGAGAGUGUCACACUCACACCAAAGUUUGAAGAUUCAACAGCCUUAUUUUGCGACUGAGGUAAGAGUUUUCAUAUCUUUCUGUUCUUUUCCUAUUGGAAAGUGGAAGUUCAGAUUUUUUCACAGAGAGAGAGAGAGAGAGGGAGAGAGAAAGAGAGAAUAAUAUAUUUUUUUUUUCUUUAAAAAGCCUUCUUUUUUCUCCCUUCUGAAUUGGCCUAUUGGGUAUCUGGAUCCUCCAUUUAUGGUUACAGAAUGCAUACAUGUCUGGAUCUUUUGGUCAGCGGUGAAUGAUAAUGAUAAUAAGACAUGGUGGAUCAGCGAAACAUAGUAUCGUUUAUUCCCUUGUUCUUGUUGUUGUGGUUGAAGCUGUUUCAUUUUGAGCUCACAUUGGAGCAGCAGGUUCAGCAACUGAGUUCACCAGCUGAAAGAGCAGCACUGCUUCAACUUCGGUCCUCGCUCGGAUUGAGGUCCAAGGAAUGGCCAAGAAAGGCUGAUCCUUGCUCAAACUGGAUUGGUGUAAGGUGCCAGAAUGGUAGAGUUGUUGGGAUCAACAUCUCUGGCUUUAGGAGAACCAGAAUUGGUCGGCGAAAUCCACAGUUUUCUGUAGAAGCCUUGGCCAAUUUGACCCUCUUGCAGUCCUUCAAUGCCUCCAAUUUCCGGCUUCCCGGUCCUAUCCCUGAUUGGUUUGGCCAGAAGCUCCAUUCACUUCGUGUGCUUGAUCUUCGGUCUUGCUUCAUUACCGGUGUUAUUCCCCCUGGUGUUGGGAAUUUAACCAACCUGACUAGCCUCUAUCUGUCUGAUAACAAUCUAACUGGUGUGCUUCCUAAUAGUCUUGGUCAACUCUCAGUACUUUCAGUUCUUGAUCUCUCCAAGAAUUUUAUUAAUGGAUCCUUGCCAACAUGGUUUGCAUCUCUUGGGAAUCUUUCUUCCCUUGACAUCUCGGCUAAUCAUCUAUCCGGCUCAAUUCCCCCUGGCAUUGGGACACUAUCUAAGUUGCAAUUCUUAGUGCUGAGACAGAACAAUUUCACUGGUGCUUUACCUGUAGAGCUAUGGUCUCUGCCACAACUGAGCUUCCUCGAUGUCUCCAGCAAUAACUUCACUGGCCAGCUUCCAAAUUCUAGUUCCAUUGCUAAUGCUACUGUUGGGCAGCUCAAUAUUUCCCAUAACAUGUUUUAUGGAGGCCUUACUACUAUCCUUAGAAGGUUUAGUUCUGUUGAUCUGUCAGGCAAUUAUUUUGAAGGCAAUGUUCUGGACUUCAUGGUUAAUGCAUCUAUAGGUAGGAAUUGCCUCCGAAAUGUGACAGGGCAGAGGACACUAGCAGAAUGUGCAUCAUUUUAUGCUGCAAGGGGCCUUGCUUUUGAUAAUUUUGGACGUCCGAAUUCAACAGGAGAUUCUGCAGGAAAGGCGUCCGGAAUGAGCAAUAAAACUAAAAUUUUAAUUGCAGCGAUCUCAGGUGGGGUUGGUUUAUUUGUGCUGCUGCUGUUACUCAUUCUGCUUCUGCUAUGCAUUCGUAAGAGGGGUAAUUCAAGUCAAAGGGGCAACGGCGUGGGUCCUGCUCCAGCUGGAGGCAGUCCUCCACAUCCCGGUGCUGGUUCAUCAAUAAAGUUCUCAAGUGUAGGAGAUUCAUUUAAAAGGAUUGACAUCCGAUCAACUCAGAAGGAUGCUUACUUGUCGGAAUUGGAUUUUUUCAAUAAGGUUUCUCAUCCGAGAUUUGUUCCCUUGUUGGGUCACUGCUUAGAGACUGAGAAUGAAAAGUUUCUCAUUUAUAAAGCUAUGCCAAAUGGGGACUUGUCGAGUUGCUUGCACUACAAAAAGACGGUGUCUGAAGAUGAUAAAUUGAAGUCACUGGACUGGAUAACAAGGUUAAAAAUUGCUACUGGAGCAGCAGAGGCCCUGGCUUAUCUACAUCAUGAAUGUAAUCCACCAAUUGUUCAUAGAGAUGUCCAAGCAAGCAGUAUACUUUUAGAAGAUAAAUACGAAGUUCGGUUAGGGAGUCUAAGUGAAGCAUGCCCUCAAGAUGGGGAUACUCAACAAAGCAAAAUUACCCGGUUGCUACGGUUGCCCCAGUCUUCUGAACAAGGCACAUCUGGUUCGUCAACAUCGGUUUGUGCCUAUGACGUGUAUUGUUUUGGGAAAGUUUUACUUGAGCUGGUGACUGGCAAGCUGGGAAUCAGUGCAGCCAGUGAUGCCGAAGCGAAGGAAUGGCUGGAGCAGAUUCUACCUUGCAUUACUAUUUAUGACAAGGAGCGUAUAACAAAAAUAGUGGAUCCAUCUCUUAUCGUUGAUGACGAGGAUUUAUUAGAGGAAGUGUGGGCAGUGGCCAUUGUUGCCAGGACUUGCCUAAAUCCUAAACCUUCAAGAAGACCCCAAAUGAGACAUGUUCUGAGGGCUUUAGAAAACCCUUUUAAAGUUGUAAGGGAAGAAAAUUCCAGUUCUGCUCGGCUUAGAUCAACUUCAUCGAGAGGCUCAUGGAACGCUACAUUGUUUGGUAGUUGGCGUCAGAGUUCAUCCGAUGUAGCAGUAAUUCCAGCAGCCUCUAGUACAAGAAUAGAAAGAGAGAGUAGUUUAAAGCAUUCGGGAACUACCGGCUCGGAGAUUAGCCUCCAAAAUGUUGGUGGUGAUAUGUCAUCCAUAUCUCCAGAACCAUCUGGAGUUGAAGGCCUGAAGUCUUGAAUAUUGGUGAUGAUAUAGCAGGCUUUCCAUUUGUGUUUCUGUUCACUAAUACCACUUGCUCUUAUUGAUUUUGAGCAUUGCAUUUGGUAUUGGAAGGUGCAUAUUGUAUAUUUCUAAGGUCAAAGUUGCAUUCAUAUCCCUUGAACUUUGUCACUUUUCAAAGGGGAUUGGGUUGUUUUUCAUUUUCAGUGGUUAUCAGAGUAAUUUGGUGGACAGAUAGAGAGAUAUGGAGAGCCAGAAGGAGGAUGAAUGCCAUGGUAGAUAAUGCAUAUUUUUAUUGCUUGUUUUGGAUAGAAACAAGCCACCAUUUUUCCCCUCCCACUUGUAAUUGAUUUUUGAUUUUUUUUUUAACCCAUUGUCUCUGUUCCUAUCUUAGAAUAUAAAUUCAUUUGUUAUCCAA